AUGGGCCGCAACGCCUCGCCAAAGAAGCCUUCGCCUGCUAGCCGCUCGCUCUCCAGCCGCCUGACCCCUCUCGCCGCUUCAUCUCCUCAACCUUCAACUCUCACAUUCGUCAAACCCUCGGCCUCCGCGCCAACGACUGCAUCCCUCCCUAUCUCGCGCUCCCAGACUCCGGUCUCCGACAUGCCCGCCCAGAAGCGCUCGCUCGACGAUGCGGCCGGUCCUUCCACCCCGGCCGCACUCUCGAAAAGCAAGAAGCGGAGGGCGCGCCGCUCGGGCGAGUACGUCGGUGGCAAGUUUGCGCAAAGAGCGAAGAAGGAGAGCGGCGCUGCGAACGCUGGGGACGAUGGUGACCUUGAAGAGGGCGAGGUCGUCGAGGGCAACUUUGACGACCUUUUCAUGGUCGACACCACGCCGGCCGCCGUCAAGGAGAAGGACCGCUUCGUCGGCGCACCUACGCCCCUCCGUGGGAACAACGACGGCAGCGAGGAACUCGAGGAACCGAAUGUCCUGCUGCCCUCGGAGGCGAAGGUGACAUCUGGCGCAGGGUCGGAGGCUUCGGACCCGACACGCGCAUUCGUGGACGACGGAAUGGAGAGCGACGAGGCUAUGCGCAUAUUCGCGAAAGAGGUCGCCAUGUCGGAGGAUGAAGACGAGGAGGAGACGUCUGGCGAUGACGACGAGUCCGUCGCUGGAGAAGGCUUGAUGUUGUACGACAACGAGGAGGAGCUCGAGAAGGCGAUCCAGGGUCGCAUCGUGGACGACAGCUCGGCUCCUGUGACGGGCCGCUACUACAAAGAAGCCGACCUCACCAAGACAUGUGUGCUAUGCGGAGAAUCCGGUCACUCCUCGCGCGAUUGCACACAUUCGCAGUGCUUCAUUUGCGGCGCGAUCGAUACUGAUCACGAGGCUCGCAACUGCCCUGUCGCCCUCGUUUGCUCCGCUUGUGGUUCGCGAGGUCAUUUCGCGAGGGACUGUACAAUUGCUCCUCACUCCCGCGGCGGAUAUGGCCAGCGAUGCAGCAUGUGCUCAAGCUCGAAUCACACCGCGACGAACUGCCCAUCCCAUUGGCGUAUCUACGACACGUCUGGUCCGAAGCCCCCGAAGCGCAAGCUGCUGCUGGCCUGCGCCAACUGUGGCUCGAACAAGGAUCAUUUCGUCGACGAUUGUCUCCUUCCUCGUGGCCACCCUCUCCGAUACGCCGACCCCUCAGCUUUCAAUCGCGCCGCUCUCGGUUCGGCCGCCUCUUCCGUACCCGGCCCUUCCGCGUCUUCGUCGUCCUCGUCUCGACGACGAGGCGGUGCCACCGGCAAGCUCGAACGAAGACCACAGCCUCGGCAAUACGACGACGACGAUGCGGCCGACGACGACUGGUUCGCGAGUCGGGCGAGAGGCGGAGGCGGACGAAGUGGCGGUGGCGGCAGCGGCAACGGCGGCGGACGGGCAAGUCAGAAUCAACCGCCGCCGCCACCGCCUCCGCCAAACUCUUUCCGCGACCGCGGACGAAGCGGCGGCGGCAGUGCCAGAGGCUCGCACAUCCAUUUCUCCGACGACAGCAGAAGCAGGUUCCACGAUUCGGGAACGCCGUCGAGCAGUUACCGUGAUCGCGAUCGCGAUUAUGGGUCGGCAUACGAAUCGCCGAGGGAUGAAUGGCGAAGCAUGUACGGGUCUGCAGGUGGCGGAAACGGAGGCGCUCGCGGCGACGGCCGGAGAGGCCCUGGAGGAGGUAAGGGCAACAAUGGCGGAGGGGAGCAGAGGGGCGCGCCGCCGAGCUUGCUGGACAGGAUGGGAGGAGGAGGGGGCGGACGUCCGUCCAAGCCGCAGCCGCGUUACAAGGGCGGUUACACGUAG